AUGCGUCUCUCCCUUCUUCUCUGCCGUCGAAUUCGACAUGACUUUCUGCCAGUGUACAUAAAAAAGCAGUGGAAGGAACAGGGUUCCAUCAUGACUGCGCGGCGUCUCCGCGUACCUCAGCAGGCUCUUGCUGACCCGCGGAUUGCAGAAGUUGCAGCGCAAGCAGAGGAUACCUUCGUUUCUACUCGCUACCGCGAUGCACUAGCACGCGAAAUUGAAAUUGGUGCUACGCCGGAGGAGAGGGCUGCCUGGGAGCUUCAACUCACUCAGCGAUUAGCGCAAUUCGGCGAUAUAACUGGGAACGUAUCCGCUUCAUCCCCUAGUCUUAUCUUUGAACCGUCUCGUCUCUUUUGCAGGGACAUUGCGCAGGUUGCUAUGCUCACAAAUACCGUCGUUCAUGAGGGCACUCCUUCUGCUUUACAAUCAAUCUACGAGAAGUUGGUGUUGUCGCCGGCGGUCAAUACGCAGUCGCUGCUUUCGGCAGUAGAGCGGAGUGUAUUGCACGCCCAUGUAUGGCACACCGACGAGGACAAGUUGCCUAAGCGCUACAACCCAGACCUGCUAAUUUGGAAGUUUAAGACCGAGUUUGGUAUCCAUCCCACCAACGUCGCGCGCUACCUUCUUUUCAAUCUUUUUCGCGUCUGUGAAAUCCAGGCUUUGGAGAUGCAUUUGACUCCUUCAAGUGAUCCACAUACGGGCUUGCCGUCACGUUGGCUUUUGCGUGAUCGCUUCGUGGAAACGUCUUUUUUAUGGGGAGAAGAGCAGCCGCGUCGGGUCCAGUUCAGCCAGCGCAACGACCUCGUUCUUCUCUCGCCCACUCCAACACCCCUUUGCGAACAUCCUGCUGCCGCACUCACUGCCACCCAAGCGCAGAUUUUUGAAGAUUUAAAGACCCGCAUGCACCUUAUCUCGCCACUAAUUGACCUUACCUCUACCACACAAUACAGGGAGGACAGCUCCGAUGGCAUUCAUACGACCAAUUACCCCUACCCCCACCUCAUCACAGUAAACAUCGCCCUGCCCAACACCUGGUCGGAUUUCACAGCUCCCGAAAAGGACCGCAUCACGGUGGCACAGCGCCAGACUAUAGGUCUGAUGCAUUGCUAUGCAUCGUGUCUUGCCACUGCAAAGCGUCUCUAUGGCAAUGAGUGCGCUAAAGCUCCACUUCCUGAGCCGAUAGCGGUACAGGCGGUGUGCACCGAUGGAGUUUUCUUUGAUUUUAUCACCUUCCAGUUGAACACCCUAGCGACCCCCGAUUGGAGUAAAAACCCCGCGCCUCAGGCUCCUAUGAAUUUGGCAUGGGUGGAUGGCAAUCAUGAGAUCGUGCGAAAGCACUAUCCCAAGCGUAGCAUGCUGCGAAACACCAAGUACACUGAUCUAGAUAUGAAGGUCUUCUACCGCCUUUUUGCAUACUACCUUUAUGGAAUGCUUGCAACUGAAGAUGAGAAAACGGAGUCGCUUGUUGUCAAUAGUGGUGGUGCAAUUUAG